UAAUCUUUAUCAGCAUACAUAAGCGAUUACCAUUUUCAUCGUUGCGAGAAACUAGAGUUAUCCAAAAAUAAUCAUUUUGUAACCUGCCCCUGGUCACGCAUUGUUGUCACUUGUCAUGGAACUUGUCUACAUGUCAUUAUGCGAUGUGUGUCAUUUAUUCCUUUCACGCUGUGAUCCAUAAUAUUGUUUGUAAUUAACGGUUUGUGUGAUCGUGUCUUGUAUGGUUUAGUGGACCAAACAUGGCGCAGUGGGAAGGUUUCAGCGUUUCGGUGCGCUGUGGGUCGCCGCUCGGCUGCUACCAGGGCACGAUCCUCGCGGCUGAUGGAGCGUCCAUUACGCUUACCAAACCGUUUCGGAACGGAUUCCCUUAUCCUAAGGCACAGGUUACGUUAAAAGCUUCAGACAUCAAAUCCCUAGAGAUUAUCUCCGGCAAGACGUCAGGUGGUACAGCGCACAGCACUGUCCCAGUUGUAGGCAAGAAGCGAGUGCCACGGGCUACGGUUGGAGAGAGCUUACAAGAACAGGCUCCAGCACCACCACUCCCGGUUGUUAAUAAGAGCAAGCAGGCGAGGAGCAAGCCUAUUGAUAUACAGGCUAAGAAUAGGAACAUCACUCAUGCUGGGAGCUAUGGCGCCUCCGGCUCAACACCGAAGACUCGGAUGCCAGGCGGUGACAAGGCGCGUCGUAAAAACGAAGCGUGCUUCGGCUCCGCUGCCUUGGAGGCCGUCGAUAAUGAUUUUGACUUUGAGGGAAACUUAGCACUUUUUGAUAAAGAGGCGCUCUGGCAACAAAUGCGUCCCGACGUCGUUCGCGUAGCCGCCGCCCGCGACGAAAUGGCCGCCGGCGGCAAACUGCGACACGACCAGAACGUGCUCCGAACAACCGCACCAGACACUGCCCCUGUCACCGUACCACCAGCGUUAAGAGGCGCUAGAGACUACGUCACUGAUUCCGGGACGAGGUUACCCAGUGUGUCAGCGGCUUUAAGAGGAAGAUUGUGGGCUGGAUUGAGAAGGACGGAUGAUGAGACGCAGCAUACGGCGAGGGCUUUGUUCGCGCGUGCGACUGCUGAUGUAGCGUUGAAACUUGUCGGUGGGACUCGUAGAUUGGACCCGCGCAACGCGCACCAGCGGCCGUGCUGCGGCGCGGUGGCGGGCGGCGGGCCGGCCGCCGCCGCCGCCGUCUCCGCGGCGCGCCUGCUGCGCGCGCACGGGGUCGACACCUACGUCGUACCGCUCGACGACACUUGUCCAUUAGUAACAAGCGCGCUAUCCGCCUACCGCCUGUGCGGGGGCCGCGUACUGCGGCCCACGGACCCCCGCCCCGCGGGGGACCUUCUCCUACUAGCCCUGCACGACCCGGAGACGUCAGUACAGCACCCGAGCACUCCCCAAGCCCUCGAGUGGGCCUCCACGUCCCGCGGUGCCCUCGUCAUCCUGGAGCCCGGCGGCGACGACUCCGGCCUCUGGGACUCCGUGCUGCUCUCCGCUCGCGCCGUCCUCGUCGCACUGCUACCGCCGUCUCUCUCUGCCGUCGCGCCGCGGCUGCUAUUGGCUAACGUGGCGCCGCCUGCGCAGCUGUUUGGCGCGGUGGGCGUGGCUUAUAGAUCGCCGUUUGGCGCUGCGUCGGUGCUAGCGUUGCAUUUGGCUGAUGAUGAUGAUUGAUAAAUCUACUAAACUACACUCAUACUGAAAGAUGUCUUGAAAUACACUCUUUAGCAUUGAAAAAGUGACAUUUAGUGUAGAAUUCGCCUAAAAAUGUAUUCUUUAAACUAUAAAGUAAAAAAUAUCGAUAUCGGGUCGCCGACGUUGAAGUCGACAUUAAUGCCCUUUAAAUUUGAAUACACGUAAAAGCAAUGAAAGCAGAUUGUUUUGUGUAGAAUUUUCAUAAAAAGUGACCUAUUUUAACUGCUCUCGAAUGUACUUAUAAAGUGUUUUUUCACUGUGCAAUAGAUCCCUCAUUAGAAAGGCCGACUUAUGGCCGAACCGGACAUUGACUAUUCUGCACCGAUAGAAAACAAAUUAAAUUAUUUGUAUGGAAAUGUUUUAAUUUGUUUUAUUUGGAGUAGAAACACUACUAUAUAAAUUAUAAACUGAAAUAGAUAUAAUAUAGGAAAGAAAAAGUGAGUAAAAACAAAUGAAAUUGUGAUAAUAAUAAUACAGAAGAACCCAAGGUUUAUUUCCAAUAUAGAAAUCUAUUUUCCCACAUUGUAAAAUGGUUCUCAAAAGAGUUAUCCUUCAAAUUAUUUCCUACGUUUUCUGUUUAUAUUUUGUAUUUACUGUCAUUACGUUUUAAUUUCCAUCUUCUGUUUCACUAAAAGUACUAAAACUAUUUCGAACUAAACUUGUCCUUUUCUGACUGCAUUUAUUUUGCAUAAUAAUAUGACUGAAUAAUGUGUAAUUUGUUAAAACUCCUAUUAUUUGUAUAAUUCGCAUCCAUAUUGUUUUUUAAAUACAUUUUGACUCUGA